AUGGCGGGCUGGGGUUUAGCACCUAAGCGGACUAGGCAUAUUUCGGGUUUAAGCAGACGCGUCAAACUCUCCAAUGGAGACCCUCAACACUUCGGCAUCGGCUUCUCCUCUCCCCGCCUCCUCCCUUUCCGCCGCCACCGAAAACCCCAACAGCCCCAUCCCACCAUCUGCUUCGCCAGCAAAUGGGCCGAGCGCCUCCUCGCCGACUUCCAAUUCCUCGGCGACUCAUCCUCAGACCACCUUUCCCUCUCCUCCGCCACCGCCACUCUCGCUCCUCCCCACUGCCUACCGCCAAUUUCUCCCCCCGAGCGCCACGUGUCCAUCCCCAUAGACUUCUACCAGGUGCUGGGCGCCCAGCAGCAUUUCCUCGGAGACGGUAUAAGGAGGGCGUACGAGGCUAGGACUUCCAAGCCGCCUCAGUACGGCUUCACCCAGGAGGCGCUGUUCAGCCGGAGGCAGAUUCUUCUAGCCGCUUGCGAAACCCUAGCCGACCCCGCCUCCAGAAGAGAGUACAACCAGGGCCUCGCCGAAGGCGAAGAUGGAACCAUCAUCACUCAAGUUCCUUGGGAUAAGGUUCCUGGAGCUCUGUGCGUGCUGCAAGAAGCUGGGAAGACUGAGCUGGUUCUUCAAAUUGGGGAGAGUUUGCUAAGAGAGAGGCUGCCCAAGUCGUUCAAGCAAGAUGUCGUUUUGGUCAUGGCACUUGCUUAUGUUGACAUGUCGAGGGAUGCAAUGGAAUUGUCCCCGCCUGAAUUUAUUCGGGGUUGUGAAGUGCUUGAGAGGGCUUUGGAAAGCUUCGAAGUUUAGGGAGUGGCACUUGCGCUUGUUGCUCAAGCCUUCGUUGCUAAGAAGCCUCAUCACAUUCAAGAUGCUGAUAACCUGUUCCAGAAACUUCAGCAAUCCAAAGUAACAGCUGUAGGACAUUCUGUCGACAUCUAUAGUGAGGUAGACUUUGCUUUAGAGAGGGGUCUCUGUUCACUUCUUCUUGGGGAUCUUGAUGAGUGUCGCUCAUGGUUGGGCCUAGACAAUGAUAAUUCACUAUAUAGAAAUCCAUCUGUUGUAGAAUUUGUCUUGGAGAACUCAAGGUUUAGAGACACAAAAGAUAUAGAGUUCAGACUUGGAGAUUACUAUGACGAUCCUACAGUCUUGAGAUACUUAGAGAGGCUGGACGGAACUAAUGGUUCGCCCUUAGCUGCCGCUGCUGCCAUAGUGAAUAUUGGAGCUGAGGCUACCGCAGUUCUUGGUAAUUUCAAGGUGAGCGCAAUUCAGGCAUUGCAGAAGGUGUUUCCUCCGGGUCACAGGGAUGAGAAUCUUACGCCUCAAGAAGAUAAUGAAAUGAUUAUCCAUUUCUUCCUGUGGAAAAUGGAGAGCCUCUGGAAGAAUCUGAUAGGAGAUGAAUCUGUCCAUGUAGGUGAGGUUUCUGGAAGAAAUGGUUCUGUUGGAAUACGCGAAGAAGAAUUGAUGACUGACAAAAUCAAAGACGCAACUGUUAAGAUUAUGUGUGCUGGUGUGGUAAUUGGACUGACAACGUUGAUUGGAUUGAGGUAUUUACCCGCUCGGAGGGACCCGUCCAACCUGCAUAAAGAACUUAGCUCAGUGACUGCAUCUGAUGUCACAUGUGCAGGGCUACCAGGAGAUGAAAAAUCUGCAGAGGAAAUACCCAAAAUGGAUGCAAGAAUAGCUGAAGGUCUUGUUCGCAAAUGGCAGAACAUAAAAUCUCCGGCUUUCGGACCUAAUCAUUCUCUGGAAAAAUUAUCUGAGGUUUUGGAUGGUGAGAUGUUGAAGAUAUGGACAGAUCGCGCAACCGAGAUUGCACAGCUUAAUUGGUCAUAUGACUACACCCUGUUGAACUUGAACAUCGACAGUGUGACUGUAUCGCUGGACGGGCAGCGUGCUGUGGUGGAAGCAACUCUUGAAGAGAUGGCCCAGUUAACUGAUGUGCUCCAUCCGGAGCACAAUGACUCAAACAGCAGAACGUAUACCACAAGAUACGUGAUGUCUUGUUCGAGCUCGGGAUGGAAGAUCAGUGAAGGAGCUGUCCUCCAAUCUUAAAAGAACGUUGUAAAGUACGAUGACGCGGGUGUAAAUGCUGUCUUGUUUUUCUA